CCCGAUGCGCGGUCGUGUAUCACGCACCGUGAUGCGUGCCAGGCGCAUUUGCGAGUCAAUCGGAGUGGGAACACUCCGUAAGAUAUCGUGGUGGUUUCGUUUUUCCAGACACUUCGCAGAUCUCUCGGACAAUCCGUGUUCCCCUCGCGCACACGCGAUCGAUUCAGACCCUCGCCGACGAUUCAUGUGCGCGACGACGAAUGCUAGAUCCACAGUAGCGUCUCUCGAUGUAACGACAUUUCCGGAACACAAAUCGGCGUCUGCUCGUGGAAUAUUUGGCACCGACGACUCGUCGUUUAAAAGCACGUGUUUUUUCUAUCAAGUUGCAUUUAAACAUGUCUGAAGAACAUCAGUUACCUUCUGAUUCUGAUGAUGAUGAUGAAGAUUAUGUUCCUGAUGGAGCUGACAGUGAUCCAGUUUCAGAAGUAGAAUCUGAAGGUGAUGUUGAAAGUGGUCCAGAAGAUGAAAAUGAUGAAAAUAAAAGAGAUAUAGGACAAAAAAAAGGUACAAGAAAGUCUACAAAACGAAGAGGUAAGAAGCGUAAGAAAACUUUAGAUAACAAGUCAAAGAUAUCAGAAGAAGAGAAUGGAGAGAAGGAAGAAUGUGAAGAGAAGAAAAAACUUACUGAAGAAGAAGAGAAAAAGAGAGCAGAUUCUCUUUGGGCUGAUUUUAUGAAAGAUACAGCUGUUGUAUCAAAGCCAAAACCGCAAAAUACAAUCAACAGAUCAAAGGAAAGAUCUCCGCCGAUAGAAAAGCCGAAAAUCCAGGAGAAAGUCAAGAUAACUAAGGUUUUUGAAUUCGCUGGUGAAGAGGUGAAGAUCGAGAAAGAGGUUCCAGUCGAUUCUGCGGAGGCCAGGUUAUCUCUUACUGUGGCCGAAAAUUCCAUAGAGCCGUCGGAGUCUACUCCUCCCGCGGGAAAAGGCCCCGGAAGGGGACGCGGAAGAGGUGUGAAACGCGCCGGAUUAAGCGGGAUCUCCUCGGUCCUGGGACAGAUCGGCAAAAAGACCAAGAUCAGUACACUAGAAAAGUCCAAGCUAGAUUGGGACAACUACAAAAAACAAGAAAAUAUUGAGGAGGAACUUAACACUCAUAACAAAGGCAAGGACGGCUAUCUGGAACGGCAGGAUUUCCUCCAGAGAGCAGACUUGCGGCAGUUCGAGAUCGAGAAGCAGCUGCGGAAUUCCAGCAGACGCGCCGCGCGGUGAAUCCGCGAUCGCCCUCGUCCUCAUACACGUCUCUUCUUCCGAAACGAGAUCCUAGGAUGAUAUCGCGGUAGAAGAUAUUUACUCCAACUUGCCAAAAUUGCGAGCGCGCUUGCUGCACAUAUUUAGCCUAAUUCAUUCAUUCGAGUUUCGCUACGUUUUGAAUAGGGCUUCAAUAUUCAUUCGGAUCUGACACUAUCUGGACUUCCGAUUAUUCGGAUAGUGGAUAAGUAUGUGACGCUUCAAAUUCGGAUUUUCUAAGAUAUCCGGACAAUUGAAGCAUCAAAUUUGGAUCCGAAUUGAAGAGCCCGAGCACAAAGAUUAUCGGAAGUUGUCGCACAAAAAUUGACGUUAACAUAGGCGAUGCGAUGAAUAUAGCUCGUCAAUUUUUGUGCCUUUAUUUCCGAUACAAACUUACAUUUACGACUCUGUCAAAAACUGUUACAACAAUCUUUGUGCUCAGCCUCGAGAUCGUGGCAAAGCCGACCAAAUAGACAUGUUUGCAGCAACUUAGAUUCCACUCGAACAUAUAUAUAUAUAUAUAUAUAUAUAUAUAUAUAUAUAU